AUGGCAGCUAACCAUGAAACAAUCGACUUUCUGGAUGUGAGGGUGUAUACAGAGGGCUUGAAAUUAGCCUUUACCCUAUACACGAAACCUACCGACAGGAACACGCUUUUACAUACCAGUAGCUUUCUUUCAAACACACUGAAGGCAUCUUUGCCAUAUUCUCAAUUUCUACGGGUGUAUAGGAACAAUUCAAAACCAUCCAAGACUCAGGAACAAAUGAGUAUGAUGUGGGGUAUAUUCAUACAACAUGGCUAUAAGAAAACAACUCUGAAUGCAGCUUUACAGAAAUACCAGGUGAGAGACAG